AUGGCCAGCUCCACCAGCAGCUCGCGUGAAAGCACGCCGGGUGCCGCGAGCGACAAGCCGCGCUGCACCGUCUUCCGCAAGGAAUACGAAUACAACCGAGUCAGGAAUGUGUUCCCAAAGUACAACAACAAACCCGCACUGGCUGACACGCGUCCUGCCAGUGUUCUCCAGCUUCUGCUUCAACAGCGCGAGACCGAGAAAGAAGCGGUCCUGAAACCCAAAGAAGAGGACUCCGAGCUUAGCAAGGAGGACCUGGAAAACGACGAGCAUGAAGACGACAAGGAGAACAUCGACAACGUCCAGAACGUACGAAAGGAGCGCUUCUUUGACCAGAGUGUCACGGACAAGGAGAAGGACCUUAUCCAGCAACGGGUUGCACUCAUCCAACGUCGUUUUGCGGAGCGCGAGCAAAAGGUGAAACAGACACGCCGCGAAAGACUGAAACAGCACUUCACCUACCUGGUCGAUGCCGAGAUCGAUGAAGCCCUGGAAGAAUGCAACCAUGACGAGGAUGAAGCCUUUAUGCAAUUCAAUAACCGUGGUUACAUCGAGAGGAUCCGACGCAUCAUCGCCGUCCGCCACCACAAGCCUGCUGCUGCCACUCUGAUGGACGACAAGCAGCGGGCCCGAUAUGAAGAGCAUCUCAAGAAGCGUCGCGAAGCCCCUCGCAUGCGGACCACUGAGAGCAUGAAGAAGCAGUACCGCAUGGGGGGUCGUCUAGGACUGGACGAGGCUUUGGCGCAGGUGCAGGACAACAACAUUGAUGCCUCCAAGGCCUUUGAAGGCUGGUCUGAAGCCCGUAUCAAGGCUUAUGCGGCCAUUGACAAGAAGCCGAACACGUACUACUAUCGCUUUAAUGCACCUGGCGAGGUUCAGCGCAAGGGUGCUUGGAGUAAAGAAGAGCAGCGACUUUUCCAUGAGCGUCUGAUGGAAAUUGGAGCCAACGGGCAAUGGGGACUUUUUUCCAUGACCAUCCCUGGACGUGUUGGGUAUCAGUGCUCGAACUAUUAUCGAUUACUUGUGGAGACGAAUCAGAUCACGGAUCCCAACUACGUGCUUGAUGAAAAGGGCAAGGCCCACUACCUGUUUGACAAGAAGGGCGUCAAUGGCGAGAGAAUUAAGGAGUUCAGGACUCACACCAAACACACUGCCGCUGGAGAGGAGAAGCCGGCUGUUGUGAAGUCACCCAAGGAACCUAAGGCUCCAAAAGAACCCAAACCACCCAAGGAGCCCAAACCGCCCAAGGCGCCCAAGGCGCCAAAGGCACCCAAGACCUCUGCGGCCGCUAUGCGUAAUAAGCGCAAGAGACGUGGCUAUAACAGCGAUGACUCUUCGGACAUCUCGGAAUUCGACUGCGAUGAUUCGGGAUUGUACAUGGCCAAGUGGAGCACGACAAAGCGGACUCGUACUCGGACGGAUGCCAUUGCCGCUGCGACAGCUUCCUCUUCAGCGACCACAUUAACCUCUGCCGAAAGUUCGUCUUCUGCCGCUAAUGAAGGUUCCUCCGCUGCUGCUGCCGAAGGUUCUUCCAGUGCUGCAGUCGAAGGCUCCUCUACUCCCAAUGCCGCCGAGGGCUCUUCUAGCGCUGUAGCUAGAGACUCCUCUACACCUGGUGUAGGAGAUAGCGAUGAUGGUCAGGAUGAGGAGUACGAUUCGGACGUAGAUGAUGCUUUGAACCCGCUGCCUGGCUUCAUUGACCCGAUCACACUUGAUGCCAUAGUGAUUCCUGCUAUUUCCAAGUACGGUCAUGUCAUGAGCUACGAGAGCUGGCUUCGCUGUCUUUUAAAGGACGGCCCGAUGAAGAACAUGUGUCCGUUGACCAAGAAGCCUUUGACCAAGCGCGAUCUCACGAUCUUGACCUUUGAGAAUAUUGAGGAGUACAGGGAUAGGAUCGUCAACAUUUAG